AAUAUUAACGUAAAAAAUAUAUUCACGUUUUUAUUUGUUAUUACGUGUUCUCAUUUAAUUUAUAUAUUUUUUAAAUACUUAAAUAAUGGAUUUCAACAACAUUAGAAUUAGAAAAGCAGUUUCAAACGAUAUGAUUUACGUUGCUGCAAUGAUAAAGGAGUUGGCUGCAUUUGAAAAUUUGCCUGAUGCUCCACAAAUUGAUCAUAAAAAAUUAAUUGAAGAUGGAUUUGAAUCUAAAAAACCUGCAUUCAAAUGUUUCGUAGCGGAAUGUUUAUCGACAAAUACAUUAGUUGGACACGCGAUUUAUUUCCCAAUAUAUUCGUCUUGGGAAGGUCGUUCAAUGUUUUUAGAAGACCUAUUUGUAAAACGUGAAUAUAGAAACCAUCAUAUUGGAUCGAACUUGAUAAAAGCCAUAGCAAAGGAAGCAUUCAAUGAAAAUUGUAUUCGAAUAGAUCUCCAUCUUUUAUCUAGUGAGAGUCCUGCAAGAGGAUUUUAUAAAAAAUUAAAUGCAGUCAAUUUAACUAAAAAUGGUGAAGGGAGUGAUUGGAAUUAUGUACGAUUUAGAAAAGAAGCCAUUGCAAAACUAGCCGAAUAAUAAACUGUAAUUAAUUUAUAAUA